GCGUGCGCGGUGACGCGCGGGGCCGUGCCCGCUAUAUGAGCCCCAGCAGGCGCUGACUCGGCCUUUUCCGCCCCGCUCCCGCCCCGCGCCCGGGUCGCUGCGCUGAGACCCCGCGCCCCCGCCGCCCCCCGCCGCCGCCAUGAUCAUCUACCGGGACUGCAUCAGCCAGGACGAGAUGUUCUCGGACAUCUACAAGAUCCGGGAGGUGGCGGACGGCCUGUGCCUGGAAGUGGAGGGGAAGAUGGUCACCAGGACAGAGGGUCAAAUUGAUGACUCUCUAAUUGGUGGCAAUGCCUCUGCUGAAGGUCCAGAGGGAGAUGGAACAGAAGCCACGGUCAUAACUGGUGUUGAUAUAGUAAUUAACCACCACCUUCAGGAGACCAGCUUCACAAAAGAAUCCUACAAGAAGUACAUCAAGGAUUACAUGAAAGCAAUCAAAGCCAGACUUGAGGAACACAAGCCAGAGAGAGUAAAGCCUUUCAUGACAGGGGCUGCAGAACAAAUCAAACACAUCCUUGCCAACUUCAAAAACUACCAGUUCUUUGUAGGAGAGAACAUGAAUCCAGAUGGUAUGGUGGCUCUCCUGGACUUCCGUGAGGAUGGUGUAACCCCAUAUAUGAUUUUCUUUAAGGACGGCUUAGAAAUCGAGAAGUGUUAACAAAUCAAACAGUAUGGUUUUGGAUCACUUGUCUUCAUAGCUGGCUGCUGUUUCUUCUUCAUCGGCACACCACCAGGAAUCGGCAAUGUCUAACAACUGGACUGAUGUCAUCUUGAGCUUUAUUCACUUAUUUUGACCCUGAUUUGGAGUGGAGGCAUUGUUUUGAAAAACGAAAAAAACAUCUAUCAUGUAGGUUGUCUAAAAUAAAACUCAUUUAAACCCA